AUGAGAACCACCCUUUUCGUUGCAGGCUUUAGUAGCAGAACACGAGCACGCGAUCUCGCGUAUGAAUUUGAAAGAUACGGUCGUCUGGUGCGUUGUGAUAUUCCUGCUCCUAAAAGCUACUCGUCAAAACCCUAUGCAUUUGUAGAAUUCGAAGACACUCGCGAUGCCGAAGACGCUUUUCACGAGAUGCACGGUCGACGCGUUGAUGGAUAUACGAUCAGUGUACAGUGGGCUAAGAAUGCACCCAGACAAUCAUGGCGUUUUGAACGACGUUCUCCAAGUCCUCAUCGACGAUCCUCUCGUGGCAGAAGCCGCAGCCGUUCACCACGUAGUCCUCUUCGCCGUGGACGUUCUUUUUCGCCUCGUAGAUCACCACCACUUCCACCACCACGUUAUGGAUCUCGAUCACGUUCUCCUCCUCCUCCAAGACGCGAUAGCCCACUUCCACCACCACCGCCACCGCAUGCUGCAGAGGAUCAUCGUGAACCAUCGAGGUCUCCUCCUCCCCCUCCCAGAGCACUUUAA